CUGCACCACAGCCCUACAACCUCACAUUCAUUCUCCCGGCUCUCGCUCGCUUCAUUCCCGCCAGCCUCCGUUUUUGGGGUAAAUUACAUUCCCCCAUGCGGCUCCAUCCAAAGGAGCACCGCAGCCACAAUGUCUGGUGCAGACCUUGCCGAAACCACGACGCCUGCCCCGCCGCCGAAUGCCACCACAGCUAGCGAUGUGCCGGAGCGACCGCUUUUCGUGGCGCCGAGGACAUAUCUCGAACAGGCAAAGCCCAUAAUGCCGCAAAAACUACUCACCGUGUUGGAACGAGAACAGAUGGACGCACUGAGAACGAUUCGAGCUUUCUUGAAAGUCAGGACGAGUUACGAUGUCAUGCCCCUCAGCUUUCGACUCAUUGUUUUCGAUACCAGUUUGUUAGUGAAGAAGAGUCUAAAUAUAUUGAUACAGAAUGGCAUUGUUUCAGCUCCGCUAUGGGAUUCGAAGAGCUCAACAUUUGCGGGACUCUUGACGACCUCGGACUACAUCAACGUCAUACAAUAUUAUUGGCAGAAUCCGGAUGCACUGGCAAGAGUUGAUCAGUUUCGGCUGAACAGCCUACGGGAUAUUGAAAAAGCUCUCGGCGUAACGCCAAUCGAAACGGUAUCCAUUCACCCGGAACGUCCGCUCUACGAAGCCUGCCGUAAGAUGCUCUCCUCACGUGCGAGACGUAUACCCCUCGUCGAUAUCGACGACGAAACACACCGUGCCAUGGUUGUAUCUGUCAUCACGCAGUACCGCAUUCUCAAAUUCGUCGCGGUAAACGUAAAAGAGACUCAGAUGUUGCGGAUGCCACUGAAGGAUCUGAAUGUAGGGACCUACGAGGAGUUGUGUACCGCGAAUAUGGAUACCCCAGUUAUGGAUGUUAUUCAUAUGUUGGUCAAAAAAAGUAUUUCUAGCGUCCCCAUUUUGGAUAAGGAUGGCGCUGUGAUCAAUGUGUUCGAAGCAGUUGACGUCAUCACGCUUAUCAAGGGAGGCGUCUACGAUGAUCUCAAUCUGACCGUCGGGGAAGCUCUCCUGAAGCGUUCCGACGAAUUCGCAGGCAUUUACACCUGUUCGAUGAACGACCAAGUCGGCACAAUCUUCGACACCAUUCGCCGGUCCCGCGUCCACCGCUUCGUCGUCAUCGACGAAGAGCGCCGGCUCAAAGGCGUCCUAACUCUCAGCGACAUCCUCGAGUACAUUUUAUUGGAGGGCGAAGAGAACGAGUAGAAGGACCUGUUCCAACUCCUCGUAAAGAAAUGCCCAAUUUCCUCAUACUCACCAAAACACUUUAAUUAGGAUCUCGAUGUCAAGCAGGCAGGCUUUUCUGGAAAGGGA